ACAUCUACGUGUGAGUCCGGCACUGGUGGCUCGGCUUAGCUAGCUAGUUAGCCACCCCGGUCCUGCCGGCCCCUGCCUUUUGUGUGUCAGGACUCAUCAGGAGCUAGCAGAGCUAGACGCCAUGGGAGCUCCGAGCCGGGACGAGGAGGAGGCCAAGAAGAUGGAGGCCGGCGGCGACACCGUCGGCCAGAAGCUCGACGCCGGCGCACUCUUCGUGCUCCAGUCCAAAGGUUCGUGGCUGCACUGCGGGUACCACCUGACGACUUCGAUCGUGGCGCCGCCGCUGCUGAGCCUGCCGUUCGCGUUCGCCUCGCUGGGGUGGACGGCGGGGAUGACCUGCCUCGUCGUCGGCGCCGCCGUCACCUUCUACUCCUACAACCUCAUCUCCCGCGUCCUGGAGCACCACGCGCAACAGGGUCGACGACAGCUCCGCUUCAGGGACAUGGCCACCGACAUCCUAGGGCCUGCAUGGGGACGGUACUACAUCGGGCCGAUCCAGUUCCUGGUGUGUUUCGGGGCAGUCGUGGCGUCCACUCUCCUUGCCGGCCAAAGCAUGAAGGCCAUCUACCUUAUCGCUAACCCUGGCGGUACCAUCAAGUUGUACGUGUUCGUGGCCAUCUUCGGUGUCUUCCUCGUGACCCUGGCGCAGCUGCCGUCCUUCCAUUCCCUCCGCCACGUCAACCUCAUCUCCCUCCUCCUCUGCCUCUCCUACAGCCUCUGCGCCGUCGCCGGCUGCAUCUACCUAGGGAGCUCCGAGAGGGCGCCCCCCAAGGACUACUCGAUCCGCGGCGGCACCAGCACCCGCGUCUACGGCGUCUUCAACGCCAUCGCCGUCAUCGCCACCACCUACGGCAACGGCAUCAUCCCGGAGAUCCAGGCCACGGUGGCGGCGCCCGUCACGGGCAAGAUGUUCAAGGGCCUCUACCUCUGCUACGCCGUGGUGGUCACCACCUUCUUCAGCGUGGCCACGGCCGGGUACUGGGCCUUUGGCAACGCCGCGCAGGGUUUGCUCCUCAACAACUUCAUGGUGGACGGGAGGCCCGUCAUCCCGGAGUGGCUGCUGCUCAUGGCGGAGCUCUUCACGCUCAUGCAGCUCUCCGCCACGGCCACGGUGUACCUGCAGCCCACCAACGAGGUCCUCGAGGGCUUCCUCUCCGACCCCAAGGCCGGGCAGUACGCCGCGCGGAACGUCGUGCCCAGGCUGCUGUCCCGCACCCUCGCCGUCGCCUUUGGCACCACCAUCGCGGCGAUGAUACCCUUCUUCGGGGACAUGAACGCGCUCAUUGGAGCAUUUGGGUUCUUGCCGCUCGACUUCGCCGUGCCAGCCAUCUUCUACAACCUCACGUUCAAGCCGUCUAAGAAGGGGGUCGUGUUCUGGCUCAACACGGCCAUCGCCGUCGUCUUCUCCGCGCUAGCAGUCGUCGCUUCCGUCACCGCCGUCAGACAGAUCAUACUCGACGCCGGCACCUACAAACUCUUCGCCAACGUGUGAGGAAGGUGAUGAGGCUUCACGCAGCACGCGAGGAGCGCCAAUGCAGCAUCAUGGCAGCUAGCUGAAAUUGCUACUCUGCAUUCGUUACAAAAUGCUGCUCGGCUGAUCCAGACAAGUAUCAAGUACAUACCGAGUUUUGAUCCGUGGAUAAGUCAUGUAGGCGAAUGAGUGGGAUCGGAUAGGGUUCAGAACAUCAAUUAUGUAUACUCUGAUUCUUCAUUCACGAGAGAGGAGAUCAAGUGUGCUCUAAAGCUCUUAGAUAUAACAUCUUGACGCAAAACAUUGUGCACCAAAAUCUAUUCAGAUUACCCGUGUGAAUUUUGGAUCAUGA